UUACCUUUUCUUAUGCUGAAAUUGCCAAUUUUCCCAGUGCUGUCCUAUACAUCCCACCUCUUCCCUGUCAUCCCAACCUUGUUUCUUGAGUUCUCUGGGCCUGUUAAGUCAAGCCCUUGUUGAUUCCACAAUAAGAGUGGCAGGUCACUGGAGCAUAAGGAAAGGGGGAGCCCUGUUCCAGGGGUCUUAUUAUCACCACCAGGAGGCCUUUCCCGCUUUUUUGCUCCCUGAACUUUCCUGCAAGUCCCUCCAGAAGCAGCUCCUGUCACUUUAUUUUGUAGCCAGAACAGACGAGUCACUUCUCUGUCUCAAUGGAAAGGCAGGCAGAGCCCCCAGGGACUGGAGAGCCUCAGGUGACAGGUAAGGGCUUCUCUACAUCACUAGUCAGGAAGUGUCACCAUAGCAACUCCAGUAACAAACAAUGGUGCCCCGAAAGGGCUCCUCACAAAGCUGUCCCUCCUGGCUCUGAGCCCAGAAGAAUGGCCAAUAACCCACCAGCACUCCGAGGGCCCAGUGAUCCAUGUCACAGAGAGCCUCUCCUGCAGUCGGUCCGAGCCAAUGAACACCUCCUCCAGUACCUGACGUGGGCUCAGCGCCAGUUCCUCCUUCCCAGCGAAUUCUGGGAGUUCCCUGGCUUCACCCGGAAGAAGCAGGAGAUUCUGAGGACAGUGAAAGAGCUGAAGGAAGCAGAGAAACUCAAGCUGAGGAGUGAAAUGAGAGCACCCCUUGUGAACGCCCAGGACAACACCCUGCCCCUGUGGCCUUCAGGAAGUAAGAGGAGCACUUCCUUGGGGAGCACCUCCCCGCUGUGGGCCAGCCCCAAGCCCUCUCCUGUUUCUGUGUCUAACUCUGUACCCCAGCCUUCCUACAUGCUGUCCCUAUCCGUUGUGCUUUUCUUCAUAGUGCUGGGCAUGGAACCCAGGGCCUUGUACAUGCUAGACAAGUGCUUGACCACCGAGCCGUACCCUAGCCUGACUCUUGUUUUCAGAAUACAGUAUAGCUAGAAAGACUGGUGGGAGUGGGAAAAGGCCACAAGAGGAGGCACUUAAUUAUUUAGCUUUAGUAAGGCAAAAGAUUUAUAUGAUCUGAGGAGUGCCACUUAGGGAUUAACACCCACUAGGCUCUGGGGACACUGAGGAGUGUGAUUCAGUCCCUGCCCUCUAGAGAGCCACCAAGCCAGGCCAUCUGGCACUCAGGAGGCUGAGGCAGGAGGAUGGCCGCGAGUUCAAGGCCAAGCUGGGCCACAUAGUGGGUUCAAGGUCAGCCUGAACUGCAUAGUGAGAUCUGGUCCCCAAAAUCA